GAGAUACACAGCAGUUUGUUCAAGAUAGAUAAUGUUAAAGUGAAUAAAACAGAGUUCCAUUGAUCAAAAGGUUUUCUAAGAACAUAGAGCAAUGAAAGAAGCGAACAGAAUGUAAAAAGGAAGAGAAGAGUGGCGGGUUUGGCCAGAGGGUGAGGAAAAGAAAGACAAGAAGAGGACAUUCCUCCGGCUGCCCACUUCGAAGGCCCGAGGGCUGGGAGGACACCCUGGCUCCGUCCUAGCAGUGCUUGCCGGUAACAUCAGGCUGUACUGUCUUUCCUGGAGCGUCCGGGGAUAUCUCCUCCGCCUCCGCCCUCCGCCUCCGCCUCCGCCGCCUCGAACCAGGCUGGGGAGGAGGGACACAGAAGCAAGAAAACCAAACGACACUCCGAGCUGAAUUGUUGGUGGCUGCUGCUGCUUAUAUGUCAGCGGAGGAAGGGGGAGGAGCAGAAGCGUUGAAUUGUCUGCGAGCGAGAUGCUUAGUAGCCUAAGUUCCCGCUCAGGAUUUCAUACAGUGUAGGGUGAAGAUCGUUUCACCACGGGAGGGGGCGCCGAAUAAAAGAUCUGACCGAGGUUGCUCGUAAAGGGCCUCAUGCACGCUGUCUUUGGCUCAGACUGUCGGCUGCGUUGCCUCGUGCUAACGAAAGAUUCGGGAUGGAGCGUCGUGCCUUGCUGUUGGUCCAACUUUUCCUCUUUGUGCUAUGGGGGCUCACCAGGCCUCUGCCUGGGCCAUCAAGGUGUCUUCGUCCUCGUCCUUUUUCGCGAGAACUUCUAUCAUGUGGCUCCGGGAACUACAGGCAUUAAUUCCUCCAGACCAGCUAAUAGCCUAAUAACAAUUGAAUUAGCAGGUGCACAACAGCAAAUCAUCUGCAAUGAAUCUCUCAUGCUACAGAACUUGCCAGUGUGUGGAAAAUCCUUUGAAGAGAUGAUGCACAAAGUGGACUCUACAAAAUGGUGCAAUCUGACAGAAUUUAUACUGUAUUACAACAACUUUAUUCUAUGUACAGAACACAAGGUUUCAACAGCAAAGUGCUUUUGGCCUAACCCACUGGCUGAAGGCUUCAUCACUGGAAUCCAUAGACAAUUCUUUACAAACUGUACCUCAGAUAAAGUGCAUUGGGAAGAUCCUCCAGAUAAAAUUCUGGUUCCUCUGAUUUUCGUACCAAUUCUUCUGACAGUUGCCAUGGUUGGUUUAGUAGUAUGGUAUAGCAAAAGAAGUGAUAUUUUGGUAUAACUCAGCAUUCAUCAUCAUGCUGUUCUUUCUUUUAUUGAUAAUGGAACAGAAAUAUGUAUGUGUAUUGUAUAUCUACAUAUACAUUUGUUUGUAUAUGAAUUUGUGUGUGUGUGUGUGUGUACACACACACACACACACACACAUACAUACAUACACACACACACACACAUACAUACAUACACACACACACAUACAGAUUCAUACAUAUGAAGACAAUUUUGGCAAGCAAUAAAGGGCAACAUUUUUCUGUAGCUAUACAUAUCUAUUACAAACAUUACUUCUCCAGCAAUGCAAACAUUAUUUGAUAUAAAUAAUGGUUCAUGACCAUAACUCUAUAAUGAAUAGAAAUUGAAAACAAUACCUGAAUGUGCUAUAUAUAAUGGAAGUUUAUGGCCUUUAAACUCAAGAGUGAAUCUCAGCUGUUCAAUUAUUUUUUUAAACAUGAUAACUAUAUGUGGACUGCAAAUUUGAAAUGUAUACACAUUUACACUGAAUAAUCAUAUUUAAUGCCAGGGCUGUUUUGGAAUUAAAUGUGAAAAUCAAGGAUAUUUAAGUAUGAACUUUGGGACUUAAACAGACCGUACUUGCCAAAGAUAUAUAACAUGCAUAUACAUGUGCAGCGAAAGAAAGUGAAACACUGUGAAUAAUGAAUGAUUAGAAAAUUGUCAUGAUUACAUUGGUUCUUUUACAAAUUAGUGAACAAGAAACACGUCUCUGAAUGUUUGCAUCCUGGACUACGGAAUGAUCUCUUGAAAGGAUAUAUUUUUCUUUUGCAAAGCUGCAAAAAGAAUGAGUGGAAAUUGGUCAACCAGAAAUGUAUUCAAGUGUCAAAGGAACUGUUAUAAUUGUCUCUUUCUGUGUUUUUAAACUGGUAAUUUUAAGACAAUUUUUCUUCCUUCUUCCAUAGCCUUUUUUUUUUUGUUUCUGAUGUGAGAUUUCAUAGGAAAAAAAUAGUAAUUAUAUUAAUACUGAUGCAUUUCAGAUUUUGCAUAUUGAAAUAUAAUUUGUAUGUUAGAUGUUUUGAAUUUAGCAUUCCAUACAGACUUGCACAUAUAAGAAAAAAUGACUUUAGUUUAACAAAUAUCUUAGACUCUUUGAAAAGCUGUACCUCCUGUCAAAUGCCCAGGAUAAACAAUUUAUAUUCCUAUAGAAAACCUCAGAUUUGCUAAUCAGAAAUCUUCUGUAACAUAUAAACAUUAUAUAAGUGUUAACAUCUUCAAUUAGAAAUAUUUUAUUUUCAUACCCUGCAUAAUUAAAUAAUACUAGAACAACUUACCAAUGAUCUGAUAUUCAUUAAAAAAAAUAUUAUUUUGGGGACCAGGAAUUUCAAUUGGAUGUUAUUAAUAUACCACCUGAUCCUUAUCUUGGUCAUUUAUGAGCUGUUUUAUUAAACAUGACAUGGGGUACAGAUCACCUUGCAAUCUGUCUUCAGUGAAGCUUAUGUAUUCUUUAAAAAAAACUGUCUUAAGAAAUUUCCUGUCAAUUAGGAGACUUCUUGAAUUAAAAAAAAAGAAAUUGAGGCAGGGAACCUAUUCAAACUACAAUAUUCAUCUUAUCUAAAAGAUCCAAGAAAUCUAGAACCAUACUGUAAUUUAUUUCUUAUAAAUGCAGUAUAGAACCAAACAAUACGGUUUUAUGGAUGGCAUAAAAAUAGGUAUGUAAAGGAUGUAAAUUUACCAGUUUUGAUAUUAUUACAUAUAUAAUUUAUAUCUUAUUAAAA